AUGGAGACUCUGGACUGGAGACCGUCGAUGGAGGCUCCGGACUGGAGACCGUCGAUGGAGGCCCCGGAUUGGAGACCGCCGAUGGAGGCCCCGGACUGGAGACCGUCGAUGGAGGCCCCCAGACUGGAGACCGUCGAUGGAGGCCCCGGACUGGAGACCGUCGAUGGAGGCUCCGGACGAGUCGACCCCCCACCCCUCACCCCCAAUCCUACUACCAGGUCGACCCCCACCUCUCACCCCCAAUCCUACUACCAGGUCGACCCCCACCCCUCACCCCCAAACCUACUACCAGGUCGACCCCCUCACCCCUCACCCCCACACCCCACCCCCAACCCUACUACCAGGUCGACCCCCUCACCCCCACCCCACACCCCCACCCUACUACCAGUUCAACCCCCUCAGCCCUCACCCCCACCCUACUACCAGGUCGACCCCCCACCCCUCACCCUACUACCAGGUCGACCCCACCCCUCACCCCCAACCCUACUACCAGGUCGACCCCCACCCCUCACCCCCAACCCUACUACCAGGUUGACCCCCACCCCUCCCCCAACCCUACUACCAGGUCGACCCACCUCUCACCCCCAUCCUACUACCAGGUCGACCCCCCACCCUACUACCAGGUCGACCCCCUCACCCCCAUCCUACUACCAGGUCGACCCCCCACCUCUCACCCCCAACCCUACUAUCAGGUCGACCCCCACCCCUCACCCCCAAUCCUACUACCAGGUCGACCCCCUCACCCCCCAUCCUACUACCAGGUCGACCCCCACCCCUCACCCCCAAUCCUACUACCAGGUCGACCCCCACCCCUCACCCCCAAUCCUACUACCAGGUCGACCCCCUCACCCCCCAUCCUACUACCAGGUCGACCCCCCACCUCUCACCCCCAAUCCUACUACCAGGUAG